AUAAUUCUGGAUUGUGAGAUUUUAUAGUUUUAUGUAAAAGUUUAAAAAGCUCAACAUUAGCAAUAAGCUAAAACGGAUUACAAACAAUUGUUUGACUUGAGCUUGUGUUGUGUUUUGUAUUUUUGCCCUGAAUUUUAUUAUUUCAUCAAGUUUUGUGAGUGUACUAAGUGUUUUUGAAUUCGAAUAGCCAUGAAUUAUUUCUAUCCUUGACAGGGUUCAAAUUCAUUCCAUAAUUGUAGUGAUUGCAUUGUAUAACGACAUAAAAAUGGCUACAAUACCAUGUGUUGUUAUUCCAUUGUUAUUAGUAUCAUCUAGCAUUUUACUUGUUUAUGGAGGCAAUCUGGCAUACGACGUGCAUUGGCUUGGAGGAGCAGCUACAAUAGACCGGGAUAUACCUUCAAAUAAACAGACUGUUGAUAUUUACUGCUAUCCUGGUUCUUCCAAGAGUAUUCUUGCCUUGUGGCAGACAGUUAAGUUCAACAUAAAAAUUAAAACUGACGAAUUCAGCCAGUAUUUUGGGACUAGCCCCGGUGAAGUUUUCACAGCUUACACAGAAGACAGCUAUGGCUGGUCGGCCGUGGUCAAUCCUUUUCAGAAAAAGACUUACAGAAGUGCUUCUAUUGAACUGUUCAAUACAACCUGCAUGGCAAUCAAUACUAAACAGAAACACAGUAUUGAGCUACAGAUAAAAAGAGUAGAUCUAUGGCGAGUGCUGAUGAUGUUCAUUGGCAUUGCCUUGGUAUUCUCAUCAAGAGCUCUGUGCGGGAACCCCGUGUUCUUCUAUCUCUGUGGAAUAUUGGUUGGAGUCUGCGCUUCCUUUAUGGUGCUUGUGUACUACAUCAGCAAACUGUUGCCUAAGAAAACCUUGACCUACGGCAUCCUCAUAGGCGGAUGGACAGUCGGGGUCUACAUAUUCCAGCAAGUGUGGGAGAACAUCCGUAGCAUCCUGCUCUCGUACCAGCAGCAUCUGUUCUGGUAUACCCUAGUAGUGGGGUUUGUCAGCUUCCUCGUGUGCUACAGGAUAGGACCGCCACAGAAUCAGCGGAGCAAGAACCUUGUUAUGUGGACUUUGCAGGUGGUGGGUGUGUUCCUGAUAUUCUUCAGCAGCGAGUACCAGGAGGCGGCGGCGGCGGUGGUCGUCACCACGCUGGUGGUCAAAUACUUCCCCGACGCGCUGUUGUACCGGCUCAAGAGUUACUUCCACCGCAAGUUCCCCCCCAAACCUCGUCUGCUGACCAACGAGGAGUACUACGAGCAGGGCGCGCGCGAGACCAAGCAGUCGCUGGAGAACCUGAGGAAGUACUGCGCCAGCCCCGACUGCGCGCAGUGGCGGAUCAUGAUGAAGCUGAACGACUCGAAGAGAUUCGCAAGCUUCGUUGAAGGCGACUCCCACCUAAGCGACGACGAGAUAAUGGAUUAUGAAUCUUAUGCGUUCUCACUCGAAAAUAGAAAUCACAGAAAACCGAACCACGCAGUCAACUCUACCACCAAUCAUCUGGAGAUUUCUGACGAUGACUCUUCGGAAAGUGAGGAUGAGCUAUGAGACUUUAGGCCCAAAGAAUGGUAAGGAUGUGUGCUCAAUUUCUGCUGUGCAGAUUCUCGAUUUUCCAAGUACCUAAUGGUCACCGCAAAUAUAUGACCGUAACCUAUAGAGUUCGCGAGCUCGCGUUAUACUGGUUGACAGAAGAAAAAGUCCCUUUACGUUACGGUCUUAUGUGCGGAGACCAUUAUCUUGUUGAUUGUGAUGACGUGUGUAUAUUUUGCUAAGACUUGUAACAGUUGAUGGUAAAAGUAUCAAUAAUAAUGAGGUGGUGAUUCAGAAGGAUAAGGUUGUAUUUGCGUUGAGGACUAUUUUUCUCAGGCUUGUAUUCUGCCAAACGGAUCUCACCAUGAACUAAGCUGCCUAUAGUAUUGUUUUAAAUGUUUUGUGUAGGCAUGUAGAUAUACAUAUAAGUAUGUAUGUUUUUCUACAUAAAUCGGACUGAAUUUGUAGCAACGUUUAGAUAAAUGAAACUCGAUAGAUAGUUUAGUAUAAUAGUUUGUUUAAUUAGUUUAAUAAAUUAAUAAAAAUAUUAAUUUUUGUGUCAUGUCAUCAUGAUUUAGUCAUUUUACAUUACAUUUGGGUAGCACCAUUGAAUAAAAUUCUAACAUUUGUAAGUGCACUUAUUAAUCUUAUUAUUAAUACUAAUAUAUUCUUAUUAUCUACAUUAAUAAGUGAUAAGUAUUCAUGUUAAUAAUAUAAUUAUACUUUUUGUAAUUUCAUUCGAAAUACUGCAUUUUGUGCCAAUACGUUCCUCAUUAAAUUAACAUUGACUUUAUUAGUUAGUAAUUCAUGAUUGUAUUUAUUUUUAAUUUGUGUGAAUAAACUUUUGUUAAUUGAA